AUUUCUGUAAAGUUGCUUACAAAACUUAUAAUUGAUAUAAAUUUUGGGUCCAUUUGUUGAAGAGUAGCAGAUUUGGUGUCUUCAAACUAAAAAAAGCAUCGAAAAACGCCCCUAGCAAGAGAGAACGUAGCUCAAAAAAUUCGCGUUUUGAAUAAAGCACUAAAUUAAGUGCGAAAAGCAGGAAGUUGGCAACAGUGAUUGUUGAACCAGCAAAGCAAAAGGAAAUAAGUAAAGCAUUUUUGACACUUGGCUGCCGUUCUUGCUAAAUUUUUCUUUGUUUCCUUUUGCGAAAAUCUAUUUAUAAAUUUUGUUUUAUUUAUUCGGCUAUUAAUCGGCGUUUUUGGCGCCAGCUGAGAUUUUAACAAAAAGUAUUUCCAUGAAACAUUUUUGUAAGUUAUGGAAGUGUAUUCAAAGUUUUUCGAAGGAAAUUGAAAUUAACAUAUCAAGCAUUCCUCUGCAAAUAAACGACUCAAAACUAUCUAAUUAAACAUAUUAAAUCAAAAAGUAAAAUUUGCUUGGAGGAACGUUUAUUCGCCCCACGAAGGGGAGUGCCAUCAACUAGUAGAAAUAUUGCGGUGCAGAAGCAACGCAGAUUUGGGCAGCUCAAUCAGUUCAUUCUUUACAGUCCGUCGUGGCGUUUCUAAAAAAGAAAAACAACGAAGAAAUCGCAUCAUGGGUCUUCCACCAUUUAAUGAGUCGGGUAGUCCCUUCAAUGUCGUCCCCAUACACAAUUACCCCGAGCUAAUGAAGAUGACAUGCGAGCUGAUUAACUCUGAAUGGCCGCGUAGUGAGACGGCUCGCAUGCGUUCGCUUGAAGCUUCCUGUGAUACACUGCCCUGCAGCCUAGUUUUAACUACGGAUGGAAUGAAUCGUGUUAUUGCUCAUUGUAAAUUAAGUCCAAUACCGUCCAAGAAGAUGGCCUGCUUCGUCGAGUCGGUAGUGGUGGACAAAAGUUGUCGUGGACAAGGUUUUGGCAAAUUAAUUAUGAAAUUUGCGGAGGACUAUUGUCGUAUUGUAUUGGAUUUAAAAGCAAUUUAUUUAUCAUCAAUCGACCAAGAUGGUUUCUAUGAACGCAUAGGUUAUGAGUACUGUGCGCCCAUUUCAAUGUAUGGACCGCGUCAUUGUGAUUUGCCUAGUUUGGAGAAUGCCAAAAAGAAAUACAUGAAGAAAGUCUUAUAGAUAUCAAUGCCAGUAUUUUUAAGGCAAACGAAUGAGAAGGUGAAUUCUACUAAUUGGAAUAUUAGCGAAAUAAAGAAGAGAAUGGAGAUCACUUCACGAGGAGGCUACGUUUAUGCGCUUUAUAGUUUUUGAAGAACAUGUUUUUAAAAAGAGUUUACAUAACAUAAUUACAAAUUGCUACAUACAUACAUACGUAUGUGUAUCGAAGAAACGCACAAGCAUAUGUCGAUAUUAUUAACAAAUUAAAUUUGUAACGAAUUGAAUGAAAUGAACCAAGGACUGUAAAUAGGGAAAACACCAAAAAAUGGAAACAAAGUAUUUACAAUAACGAGAUAAAUGUUGCGCCAGAUUGCUGAAAUGUUUGCUCUCUCUUCGAAUCAUUCGCUAUAAUCAAAGAAGCAUGAAACUCGAUGAACUACAAAUAAUUCCAUUAAUAUAAAUAUUUAUAUAAAUACAUAUACUGAUAUUGAUUUCUUAAUAUCACUUUUUGAUUGUAUUUCUAAGUGAAUUUUUAUGUUUAUCGGUAUGCUAAAAAGAGCUGUAGCACUGCUAGCUAUUUAUUAGCAUUAUUAACCUUGGCACUCUCUGCAAACUAAUUUUGCACAUAUUAUUUAUUAGUGAUUGUUUAUAUUAUUAUUAUUGAUUUAUAUUGAAUUAACUUUCUUGUACUUUUGAAAUGAAAUAAAUUCAAUAUGAUGAUAUGAUUCAUGAUAAGAAUUUUAAUUUUUUAUAUUUUCGUUCCAACUAAAAAUUCAGCAGACAAUUUGGUAGUUAAGUAAGCUAAGCUGUGUUUAGAUAAUAUAUCAAAGCAAUUAUUCAAUAUGUAGAGUGAGCCAGUCAAUAUAUAUCACACGUUAAACUCUUCCAAAAAUUAUUAAAAAUAGGUGGUGUUUUAGUACUUUAGUGCUGUUCAAAUAUUCUUGUAUGAAUAUUUUUGUAGAAAUAUUACUGUUAAUACGCUUUGUAGAUUUAUAAAUACAUACAUAUGUACGUAUUUACAUGUCACCAUUAAUCCAAAAGGCCCUGAUUUGACAAAUUUGAAAUUUUACGGUAGCAAGAAACUUUUUUAAAUUAACACUGAAAGGGCUUACAGGCCACAAGCCAAUAAAUCUUACAUUACAAGACAUGGUCUUAAAUUUUGCUAUGGAGGUAUAUCUGAGAGAAAACUAAAGGAGCUUGC